CAUCUCCAGCAGGCCCACGGCCCAUCUCUCUCCAUUACAAUCUGAGCCGCGGUGCCCUAGCCCCGCGCCGCCGCCAUCACCAUUUCCGGCUCAACCUCGGCACGUUCUAGGCAUUGGUAAGUGGCGCUGGCGGUGUGAGCACUUUGUCAUCCAUGGUCAACCUCCAGAAAUUUGGUGUCUGCCGGUGCACGCCAUGUAGAUCCGCCCCUGCUUCCAGGGCAUCCAAGUCCAGCCAUCUCCGGCCAACGAGGAGGGUGACCGUCAGUGUCCGCUGCGUCAGCAGCUCUCCGGCCGCCGAUACAGCUUACACGACAAAGGUUUCGCGGAAUGCGAACAUAGCCAAGCUUCAGGCAGGCUAUUUGUUUCCCGAGAUCGCUAGGAGAAGAACAGCGCAUCUGCUGAAGCAUCCUGGUGCUAAAAUUAUAAGCCUGGGGAUUGGUGACACUACUGAGCCCAUUCCGGAGGUCAUAACAAAUGCCAUGGCAGAGAGAGCACACGCUUUAUCCACGGUUGAUGGCUACAGCGGUUAUGGAGCUGAACAAGGUGAAAAGAAACUAAGGGCAGCAAUUGCUGCAACCUACUAUGCUGAUAGUGGUAUUGAAGAAACAGAUAUAUUUGUCUCUGAUGGUGCAAAGUGUGACAUUUCUCGUCUACAGGUCCUUUUUGGAUCUAGUGUGAAGAUUGCUGUUCAAGACCCAUCAUAUCCCGCAUAUGUUGAUUCAAGUGUUAUCAUGGGGCAAACUGACCUAUAUCAGCAGGAUGUUCAGAAGUAUGGUAAUAUUGAAUACAUGAGAUGCAGUCCUGAAAAUGGAUUUUUCCCUGAUCUGUCAAGUGUCCCACGGACAGAUAUAAUAUUCUUUUGUUCGCCCAACAAUCCUACUGGUGCUGCUGCAUCUAGGGAGCAGCUAACGCAAUUAGUCAAAUUUGCGAAGAACAAUGGGUCCAUAAUAGUCUAUGAUUCUGCUUAUGCCAUGUACAUAUCAGAUGACAGCCCAAAAUCCAUCUUUGAAAUCCCUGGAGCAAAGGAGGUUGCCAUUGAGACUGCAUCUUUCUCUAAAUACGCUGGAUUCACUGGUGUCCGUCUGGGUUGGACUGUGAUCCCUAAGGAGCUCCUUUUCUCUGAUGGGCAUCCAGUUGCUAAAGAUUUCAACCGCAUAGUCUGUACUUCUUUCAAUGGGGCAUCAACCAUUUCUCAAGCUGGUGGUUUAGGCUGCCUCUCUCCAGAGGGCCUGAAGGCUAUGCAAGAUGUUGUUGGAUUCUAUAAGGAGAAUACUGAUAUCAUUGUUGAAACAUUUACAUCGCUUGGAUAUAAUGUCUAUGGUGCCAAGAAUGCUCCUUAUGUGUGGGUGCACUUCCCUGGCCGUAAUUCAUGGGAUGUCUUUGCUGAGAUCCUUGAGAAGGCACAUGUGGUUACAACUCCUGGCAGUGGAUUUGGGCCUGGCGGCGAAGGCUUUGUGAGGAUCAGCGCAUUUGGCCACAGGGAGAACAUUAUUGAAGCCGCGAGAAGAUUGAAGGAGCUAUACAAGUGAGCAUUGAUUCCGCCUAUGCAUCCUCUCGCACUGUGGGGGAGCCCAUGUCAAUAAGAACCUAGCAGCAUUUGGAACAUAAGAUUUUCUCCUUGAGCUACCGGGAAUGUUAGAACAGAAGCUAGGAUGUAAUUGUGCUCCUCUAGAUAUAACUCCAUUCAAAACUAUUUAAUAUUCAGAUUUUUUUUCGCUUAAAGCUCUGCA